AUGGCUAAUACUGAUGGUGCUUUUUCCUUUAACACCAUGAUCCACAUGUUAAAUAUACGCCUUACCUCAACCAAUUUCAUUCUCUGGCGUCGUCAGCUUCUUCUUCUUCUCAAAGGACAUGCCCUUUAUGGUCAUAUUGAUGGCUCAAUCAUAACUCCUCCUGGGAAAUUGCCUACUGUUGAUGGAUCUUUGACGGUUCCUAAUCCAUCCUUUAUCACGUGGAAACAACAAGAUCAAAGACUUGUAAGUCUUCUUCAGGCCUCCCUUACUGAAGAGACUCUAGCUGAAGUACUGCACUAUGACACCGCACAACAGAUCUGGACUACUCUUGAAUCCCUCUGCGGUGGUGACUCCAAGCAAAGAGAAAUUGGGAUCAGAGAUCAACUGUUGCCCUUACAAAAGGCUCAUCCAUGA